CCCUCGUCGGAGAUCGCCCUCGAAACCCUAACCCUAACCCUAACCCUAGCAUCCUCCUCCUCCUCCUACCACUGCGCUACAUGCGCUCCACCCACCUCGGCGGCGCCGCGGCGGCGGUGGCGGCGGCGGGGUGGUGGCGGCGCAUCGCCGCCGCCGCGAUAUUGGGGCUCGCCGCGGCGGCGGCGGCGCUCCUACUCACCUCCGUCUCCACCGCCGCACCCCGCCGCCGAGAGUCGCUCUACUUCUUCGCCCCCUCCGCCGCCGCAAUCGAUCGGCCCCUCGUUGAUACAAACCCUACGGAAGCGCUCUCCGACGCGAAUUCCUCGGCUCCGUCUCCUCCUACUCCUCCGGCGGCGGAGGCGGCGGCGGAGGCGGUGGCGCCGGCGCCCGCCCCGUCGGAGAGCUUCGACGACGUGGUGGAGGAGUCUUCUACAGGCCGUGACGUGGAUGCGCCGCCCUUGGUUCUACAGGCGGAUUCGCGUGGUCCGGCGCCCUUCAUCCCUUCAAAUGCAGAGCCUAUUGCGAACACUUCGCCAGUCGGGGAUUCUGAAGUUGGUGAAGUAGAACCUAGUAGUAUUGAGCAAAAGGUCGCACCUUUGCAGCCGGAGAUAUCGACUUGGCUGACGCCUACUGAUCAAGAGCUUAUAUAUGCUAAGAGAGAGGUCGAGCGUGCCCCUCCUAUGCUGGAUGAUCCUGAUCUCUAUGCCCCUUUGUUCUGGAAUGUGUCGGUAUUCAAGAGGAGCUAUGAACUGAUGGAAAGAAUUCUUAAAGUCUAUAUCUAUCAAGAUGGAGAUAAACCAAUCUUCCAUACUCCAGAAUUAAAAGGCAUUUAUGCUUCGGAAGGCUGGUUCAUGAAAUUGCUGCAGGGAAACAAGCAAUUUGUUGUGAAGGAUCCAACCAAGGCUCAUUUGUUCUAUCUUCCUUACAGCUCGCGCCAGCUAGAGCAUGCUCUUUAUGUGCCCAACUCUCAUACUAUAAUACCAUUGUCGAUCUUUUUGAAGAAUUACGUGAACAUGAUUGCCACUAAGUAUCCCUUCUGGAACCGGACGAAGGGGGCAGAUCAUUUUUUCGUUGCUUGCCAUGAUUGGGGGCCUUACACCACUAAACUCCAUGAUGAACUGCGAAAGAACACCAUCAAGGCCCUAUGCAAUGCUGAUGUCUCCGAGGAUGUUUUCGUCCGUGGAAAAGACGUUUCUCUUCCCGAAACAUACAUAAAAAUACCCAAAAAACCUCUUCGAGAUGUCGGGGGUAAACCGGUUUCUCAGAGAUCAAUUCUUGCCUUCUUUGCUGGACAAAUGCACGGCCGUGUACGACCCAUCCUUCUCAAUUAUUGGAGUGGCAAAGAUGAAGAUAUCAGAAUUUACGGCCCGUUGCCUCGUAGAAUCUCAAGAAAGAUGUCUUAUGUCCAACACAUGAAAUCGAGCAAGUAUUGUAUUUGCCCUAUGGGUUAUGAGGUUAAUAGCCCUAGGAUCGUUGAAGCUAUAUAUUACGAGUGUGUUCCGGUUAUAAUAGCUGACAAUUUUGUGCUCCCCUUUGAAGAUGUUCUUAACUGGAGUGCUUUCUCGGUGGUUGUUGCGGAAAAGGAUAUCCCGAGGUUAAAGGAGAUCUUAACGGAAAUCCCUCUAAGAAAAUAUAUAGCUAUGCAGACAAAUGUGCAGAGGUUGCAGAGGCAUUUUCUAUGGCAUGCGAAGCCCGUGAAGUAUGAUAUAUUUUACAUGAUAUUGCACUCCAUUUGGUUCAGUAGGCUGAACAAUAUAAAAGUCCAGUAGUCGUGUCGUUCCGUCACUUGAUCCUCUUUCUAAGAUUGGGGAGGGGUGAUAUUGCCCUUGUUAACGCUUUAGAGCAAAUUUGACGGCUUUUGAGAUUAGUGAGAAUGCUCUUUAAGACAAAAGUGGAUCUGAAAAGAGGACACUCUUGAUCCGAGAUUGUUCGAAAAUUUUGACAGAUUGUUUUGAGCGCACUAUUUUUCACAGAGUUUAGGAUCGGAAUUUCGGAAGCUGGGGAGGAAAGAUAGAACACAAAAGUAUACAGAUAUUAAAGUUAGCUGCAGGUACGGAAUAUAUCGUCUGGAUCAUCUAUCUAUUACCUCUUAUAACUUCUUAUAUUAGUCGAAUGAAUGAUUCGUCAAGUGUUAGAUUCAGUGUUGGUACGAAUCUGCUAUUCUUACUUCACCCAUUUUACAUCUCUUAUGACUUCUAAUCUCACGCCGUGAUGUCGGUUGCCCUUUCUCUGGUGAAGCAUAAUCUUCUUUACUGAACAGUUGAUCAGGGGUAUUAGUACAGAAACCUAUCACAUGUUACUCAAAAUAUUGGUUGUUCAAAUUCUGCAGAUAGGAAAGAAAUAGAGGGCUAGAACAGCUAAAGUUGAAUAAUCCAGGUGAGAAAUCCUGUAAAUCCUUCCAUAGUUUUUGUUGCAUUGUUAGAUGAUAUAUACACAUCUCUUCCAUAAUUUGUGUAAUUUAUCUGUUUAUUGUUUGUUAUUCA